AUGGCUUCUUUCACGGCGACGGCGGCUGUUUCCCGGAGAUGGAUUGGUGGUGGCAAUCAUACUCAGCCGCCAUUAUCGUCUUCUCAAACCUCCGACUUAAGUUACUGUUGCUCCAUACCCAUGACCAGUCGUGUCCAACGAAAGCUCAACGUUUCUUCUGCGCUUCACACUCCUCCUGCUCUUCAUUUCCAUAAACAACCCUCCAACUCUCCCGCCAUUGUUGUUAACCCCAAAGCCAAAGAAUCCGACGCAAAGCAGAUGAAUUUCUUCCAGAGAGCGGCUGCGACGGCGUUGGACGCGGCGGAGAAUUUCCUCGUCAGCCACGAGAGGCUACACCCUCUUCCUAAAACAGCCGAUCCUAGUGUUCAGAUCGCCGGAAAUUUUGCUCCGGUGAAUGAACAGCCCGUCCGGCGAAAUCUUCCGGUGAUCGGAAAAAUACCCGAGUCGAUCGAAGGAGUGUAUGUGCGGAACGGAGCUAACCCUCUUCAUGAGCCGGUGACUGGUCACCACUUCUUCGAUGGAGACGGGAUGGUUCACGCCGUGAAAUUCGAAGACGGUUCAGCUAGCUACGCUUGCCGGUUUACUCAAACAAACCGGUUUGUUCAGGAACGUGAAUUAGGUCGACCGGUUUUCCCCAAAGCCAUCGGUGAGCUUCACGGCCACACCGGUAUUGCACGGCUCAUGCUAUUCUACGCUAGAGCUGCAGCCGGUUUAGUCGACCCGGCUCAAGGUACCGGAGUAGCAAACGCCGGUUUGGUUUAUUUUAACGGCCGGUUAUUAGCCAUGUCGGAAGACGAUUUGCCUUACCAAGUACAGAUCACUCCGACCGGUGACUUGAAAACCGUUGGCCGGUUCGAUUUCGACGGUCAAUUGGAAUCCACAAUGAUCGCCCACCCGAAAAUCGACCCGGAAUCCGGCGAGCUAUUCGCUCUGAGCUACGACGUCGUUUCGAAACCUUACCUGAAAUACUUCCGAUUCUCGCCGGACGGAACUAAAUCACCGGACGUUGAGAUCCAGCUCGAUCAGCCGACGAUGAUGCACGAUUUCGCGAUAACAGAUAAAUUCGUCGUGAUACCGGACCAGCAAGUCGUUUUCAAGCUCCCGGAGAUGAUCAGAGGUGGUUCUCCGGUGGUUUACGACAAGAACAAGGUUGCAAGAUUCGGAAUUUUAGACAAAUACGCAAAAGAUUCGUCGGAAAUCAAGUGGAUUGAAGCUCCGGAUUGCUUCUGCUUCCAUCUCUGGAACGCUUGGGAAGAGCCAGAAACAGAGGAAAUCGUAGUGAUCGGUUCUUGUAUGACUCCACCGGACUCAAUUUUCAACGAAUCCGACGAGAAUCUCAAGAGUGUCCUGUCUGAAAUCCGACUGAAUCUCAAAACCGGCGUAUCAACUCGCCGUCCGAUCAUCUCCGAGGAAGAGCAACAAGUCAACUUAGAAGCAGGGAUGGUCAACCGAAACAUGCUCGGACGUAAAACCAAAUUCGCUUACUUAGCUUUAGCCGAGCCGUGGCCUAAAGUCUCCGGCUUUGCUAAAGUCGACCUCUCCACCGGAGAAGUCAAGAAACAUCUAUACGGCGAUAACCGUUACGGUGGAGAGCCUCUGUUUCUCCCCGGAGACAAGGAAGGAGAAGACGAAGGACACAUACUCUGUUUCGUUCACGACGAAAAGACAUGGAAAUCGGAGUUACAGAUUGUUAACGCCGUUAGCAUGGAGGUUGAAGCAACGGUUAAACUUCCGUCAAGGGUUCCGUAUGGAUUUCACGGUACAUUCAUCGGAGCUAAUGACUUGGCGAAGCAGGUGGUUUGA